CGGAAAUGUACGUACAGCUGUUUCAUUGGUUGGAUCAAGGGGCUUGUCGACGACACACAUGUGUGUAUAGGACUGACUAGGCUGCGAACUCACCGCGAUCUCCUGGCAUCUCUCGCCUGACCUGGCCGCCUAGACUGCACCUGGCGCAAGCAAGUACCGUCUAGACUGCAAUACGGGCAAUUCGGGUUCCGAUAUUCGAGAACGAUGGCGCCGUCUUUAACAGAUAUUCUCCGCAGUGUGCUAACUGUAUUUUGUUUGUUUUCAACAGAAAAUAGCAGAUUAUGGACAGAAGCAGCACAAAUGGAAUACGAGUAUGUGACCUGUGGAUCAAUAGUAAAGCUUAUCAACCAAAAAUAUGGUGCCAGAUUACAUUCACAUGAUAUACAUUAUGGUUCUGGAAGUGGUCAACAAUCUGUUACAGCUGUCGAUUCAACUACAGAUCAAAAUAGUUAUUGGCAAAUAAAAGGCAAACUUGAUAAGAAUUGUGUUAGAGGAGAACCAAUUAAAUGUGGAAGCACGAUACGACUUCAACACAUAGCAACCAAACGCAAUCUUCACAGUCAUCAUUUCCAGUCACCACUUUCAUCAAACCAGGAGGUUAGCAGCUUUGGAGAAAAUGGGGAUGGAGAUGAAGGUGAUAACUGGGCAGUGGUAUGUUCUACGUCAAACUGGAAGAGGAGUGAACCAGUCAGAUUUAAACAUGUAGCUACAGAAAAUUAUCUCAGUAUGUCAGGGCAAGUCUAUGGUAGACCCAUCCAUGGCCAGAAAGAGGUAUGUGCUUUAUCAUCACUGAGCAAUGCCAACCAAUGGAAGGUUAUGGAAGGCAUCUUUGUGAAGCCAUCAGAAAGUUUCAGAGCGAGCUAAUGGAUAUCACCGAUUCUAUUCUACAGACUAUUGGCAUUGUAAGCAUUAUUUGGGUCAAGAAAUUUGAUUUCUUUGAUGAACAAACUGUCUUUAGAUUCAGAAGGGCGUGAAUUCUAUUUAUGUACUUUUUACCUAAAUAUAUGAUUAAAUCUAAACAUGCCAAACUUACAAUUUGGCGCUUCAUAACAUAAAGAUUUGAUACAAGGAUUUUGGUGAGGGAGGAAAAAAAAUUCUUGAAAUUUAAUGUAUACAAUUGACUUUGCAAAAACUGUGGCAUUUGAGGAAUAACCUCUAGAUUCAGGUUAACAUUUUUGAUCAAUGGAUCCUAAAGAUUUUUUCUUUCCUUUAAUCAGGGUUAUGGGAAUAUUAUGAAUUUAAAAAACAUCUCAAUACUGGUGCUUUAUGUACACAGCAUUCCCCUUCUCAUUUACCCCCCCCCCCCUUAUGUAUUAUUUUUGCUGCAUUUACAACAUUUGCACCACUUAUGGUUGCAGGGGUAGAAAGUUUACAUUUUUGUUUUUCAUAGCAUUUUAAGCUAGUGUGAGUUGUUUCCUAGUCACAGAGAACCAGGUCAUUUUUUAGGAAAAUUGUGGUUUUGUUUAUUAGGAGUGAGAAAAAUAUUCUCUCUCUGGUUUGCAAGCCAACACCCUUCUUAUGCCAAGUAAACAGUAAGUGGAUACAUGUAUGUUGUCUAUGGAGAAGUUGUCUCCAUGUUUUAAGUCUGGCUGUCUUCAGUUUUCAUGGGAAGUACUAGUAGAAACAAAAUCUGCUUCAUGGUGAACCUUCUGAUGGUGUUGAAAUCCUAAUGAAAACUGAAACUAGAGAGUAAUCUGUAUAAAAAGGAGUAUGAUUGUUAAUGAUUCUACAAUAUGUGUUAUGUUGCCAAAUGUCAUUCAACCUUUGACAUUCCUUAUCUCGUAAAAUUCACAACACAUUACUUGUUUUUAACGAUCAUUAAAUUCUUAGCUCCUUUGAUUAUUCAGCAUUGUCAGGGUCUUUUAAAAAACUUUUGACAUCCAUUAUUCGGUAGAAAGUAGCCGUUAUUUUGCAAACAAAUGACAUCUGGGCAAGUGUACACACAAUAUGAAUCGACCACUUUUCCUGUCUUUUGACCUGAAAAUGAUAUCUUUCAUAUCUUUCAUUCCUUUCAUAUGUCAAAUUAAUUAUUUGACUUCAAAUAUUUUACUGCUUUUCCGAAUUGAAUGCGUAUGUGUAAAUAUUCACAUUAGUCAGGUUUCUUUCUCCAAAAGGCUUUACCACUAAAUUAAAGUUUAAGUAUGUCCUAUAUAUUACAUUCCCGACUCCCCAUCUCUCACUAGUAAUAUAAGAAUACAUUAUUAUUGAUAAUGAUAAUAAUCUCAAGUCCUUCUAUAUAUCAGAAUGUUUAAAAACUAAAAAUCUCUUAUAACAGGAGAAAAUGCACUUCAUGAUUAAUUAGCCAAUGAAAAUGAAGGUUGCCACUGUCUGCCAUGUGUAGAUAACAUCCUUUGCAAAAAUACAGUUUUGUGCAACUGGUCUCUGAAUUGUCCCUCGUCCCUGAUAGGUCACUUGUGAGAUAUGUAGUGUGAACGUGAAUCGUAAAGUUUUUACUCAAUUACUGUUGCAAUUUGAAAGAUCAAAUUUGAUUACUAAGGUAAAUUAAUGUAUGAAAAUUGUUUUCACCUAUUUAUAGAGCAAAAUAUUCAACUUUAUUCUGUACUCAUAAUUGUACUUUCACUUUGCCUUCAAAUUUUGCAUAAUUCAUGUUGAUUUUUCUUGUCUAUCAACAAACAAGAAAUCUACAUAGUUGCACAGUGUGUCAGAUGACGAGAUUGAGAAUGGUGUUAAUGCAUUGUUCAGUAAGAAGGGUGUUCCGGAUUGUGUAAUUGUGUUGUGUAAAUAUCACUGUACAUGUAUAUGCUAUGCACAAAAUAUGAAGGUUGGUGUUAAGGUAAACACUGAUGUUUGACUCCAUGAUCUUCUGUGUUUUAGCUCUAUGAAAGGCAUUAUAAGCGAGUGUUGUACUUUGAUUCUCUCUCAAGCAUGAAACAGAUGAAGCAAAAGGAUAUGAAUGUAAUAAUCUACAUGUAAACUCUGGUGCUUCAGUGUGAUAUUCAAGUUUGUGUCACUUUUGUGAUGAAUUUUCAAUGCUUGUAUGGAACUGUGAAGAGAUGUAUGGUGUGGUACUAGAAGAAUAGUCCAGUUUCUUGACCAGAAACAUGCUAUUUAGUAGUAAAUCAAAUAUGAUUUCUCAUUUUCAGUCCAUGAAGUCAUUUCAAAUAAACCAUUCAUGCUUGACAGUAAUGUCUGUACUUUGUAGAGUGUAAAUUACUUUAAUUAACCUCUGUCAUUUUUUUGUCAAGGAAGAUGAAUGUUAUUUGGACAACACUUUGUGUACCAAGAAGUGUACACUUAAAAGUAUGAACUAAAAAUUUGUAUAACAAUUUGAAUCAUCACAUUGGAUAUGUAUCAGUAUAUAAGUUAUCACCAUUUUGUACAUGUAGUAACAAAUGAACAUUACCAGUAAAGAUUGAAGCAUGGGGGAGGGGGGUCUAAAAUAAGCAGUGACUAUCGAGGGGCAUUGCAUUGCCGGUUUAGAUGGCGGGGAACAGCAUUUUAAUAGAGUUGGCCAGUUUGUUUUACAAUGGGUCACAUGGUAUGUAUUGCUAUGUUAGGCAAGCACACGUCAAGAGAAGUAGCAAAACUUUAUAAGCCACCGAAAGCGAAAUGGCCAAACUAUUUAAUGCUUCAAUUGCAUCGAACUUUAAGGGGGCAUCCCGCCAUGAACCGCCAUCUAGACCGGACAUGUCUGAUCGACCCUAAAGAAUAUGAAAACCCUAAGGGAUAUGAAGAGGAACAUCUACAUGAACUUUUGUAUUGUUAAAUUCCUUACAUUUAUUUUUUAACAGAUAAUAUUCAAGAUUUCUAUCAGUGUGAGCCCUUUGCUUUAUUUAUUUAUGCUUAAGCUGAAUGAUUAAGAAUUUUUUUUCAUUAAGAACAUUUUUGUCAAGACAAUGUAGGAAAGGAAUGUAUGGAAUACAAAAGACCAUGUAGAGCUUCUCAUCAUUGAAAAGGCGUUUCAUCAUAUGAAAUAAAGGAUAGUUGUGUUUUCGAACGUGAUGCUAUGUGAUUCACCUUUUUUCACAAGUAUGCUGUAUUGUAGAAAGUGUUUUAAAGUGUUAAUUAUUUAGAAUCACUUAUGUUGGGGGUUUCUCAUAAAUAUUUAAUCACUUUUAGUGGACACAGUGCCAGGUAUAUGCUGUCAAUUUAUGGAUGAUGUUUCAGUACAUAAUGAACACUUGUCUAUCUGGAAUUUAUAUAAAAAUGGGGGGGGGAUUAUGAAGUUAUUUUAUUGUUAUUGUGCCUUCAAUGUGAUAAAUUUUUUUCAUUUGUUUCAAUGAUUUUUAUUACUGCAAAGAUAAUUGCAUUAAAUCAUUAACAC